GACCACGGACCACAAGAGCAGCCCUUAACACGGCCCAGUCGGACGCUCCGGGGACGGUAUGGUGAGCCAUGGCCGGACACAGCGAGGCCCCGCGGGCCAAAGCCCGUCCGAGUGGACCUGUGUUCUUCUCCAACCCUCUGAUGAGUGAUGUGGAGUCGGACUGGUCCCCGAUCCACGACGCAGCCUUUAACGGACGGGUUGUCCCGCUGCAGCGGCUCAUCGCCCAGGGAGUCUGCGUGAACCUGAGCACCCUGGACCAGGUCUCCCCGCUCCACGGAGCCUGUUUGCAAGGCCACGCCGCUUGUGCCCAACUCCUGGUGGACAACGGGGCAAACGUGAAUGGCUCGACCGUAGACGGACGCACCGCCCUGACAGAGGCCUGCGGCCGAGGCCAUGUGACCUGCGUGUCGCUGCUGCUGCAACACGGGGCCGACCCCCUGGGGGCCGGCCCGUUCGGCCCUGCGAUCCACCGGGCCGCAGCCGAGGGUCACCAAGAGUGCAUGGAGCCCCUCGUCCGGCACGGCGCAGACGUGGAUCAGCACGCCGACCGGCUGGGAUCCCCCCUCCACGUCGCCUGCUCCAAUCUGCGUCUCGGCGCCGUCAGGAAACUGCUGCAGCUCGGUGCCAAUGUGAACGGGGCCGUGGCGGGAGGUGACUCGCCCCUGCACGUCGCCGCCCGCCUGUCCAGCCCCGAGCUGGUGUCCGUCCUGCUGGAGCACGGGGCCGACGGCCUCCGGACCAACGCCCAGGGCCAGCGGGCGCUGGACCUGGCGCCGGCGGGGAGCCCGGCGGCGAGGCUGCUGAGGCAGGCGGGAGGUAUCCAGACAGAGUAACGCAGGCAGUGGCGUCAAUUCAGUCGAAGCUAAGCCAAGGUGUAGCGGCUGCCAUACCUUGGCAUACCCAAUUGACGCCCCUGAACGCAGGGGGCUGACGCUGCAGGGGGGAAGCGGAUAAUCAGGCUGCCACUUGUCCCCCGAGUCUCCCCAGGAGUGACUCCUCUAACGCAGCUGUGCCGACUGUUUAUCAGGAGAAGUGUGGGCUCGCAGAGGCUGGGAGGGAUUCGUGGCCUCCACAUCCCCGCGGAGCUCGUCCGGUAUCUUCUCUACCAAUCAGCAACCACUGGAGAUUUAACACCUUUAAAUACCACUUUAAAACAUCUCAACCUCCACUGGCUUCCCAUCCCACUCAGAAUUGAGUAUAAGUUCUCCCUCCUCACUCAUCAGUGCAUUCACGGACAUGCCCCCUAAUACCUAGAAGAACUACUCACCCUCCAGACCUCCUUAUUCAACCUCCGUUCUGCAUCCAAAAGUCCCCAGAACCGCUGGAUGAGCAGAACUGCUGCAAUGGAUGGAUGGACGGGCCGCCGCCUUCAAGAGCAGGAAGUAACUCACUCCUCCAGAUUUUGAACAUCUAUACGUUAGCUGUCAAAUUCAUAAACCAGAUGAGGCCUCUUUCAUACGAGCGCCUGUGAUCUAUAUUUGAGUUAUUUUGGAGCCCAGUUUUAUGCAUUAUGAUGCUUUCGCCGUGCACCUUAAUGUUGGUUUGGAAAUAAGAUGAUCAGGAUGUGAUCAAAGGUUAUAAACGUUUUAAACGUGACCUGAGAACUCACCUUUUUAAGAAAGCUUAUAGCUAAAUAUAUAUUUUAUAAGCUCCGUUUUUAAAUAUAUUUUUGAAAAAUGUUCAUGUUUUAUUUUUCUGCUCUUUAGCACUUUGAGAUUACUAAAUAUAAAGUGCGUUAUAAAUAAAAUGUAUUAUUAUUAUUCACCUCAGAGUCGAUGCACUGCAGGCGUCGGCCGCCAGGGGGCAGCAUUGCUCCACCCUGCAACAACCUGCACAAACUCAGUAGGAUUAGAUCAGGAUUACUACUAACAUUCAUCACGAAGAAUACCAGCAAACUUGUUGUGCAACGUUGUAUUUCUGGGAUGUUUUUAAAAGAAUACAUAUAUAUUUUUCUAAUUAAGAUUAUUUUCCUUUUUGAAAAUGAUUAAAUCAAACAAAUUAACAGAAAUAUUUCAGCUUCUGCUUCAUGUGUGUUUAUCCGGACGACUCAUAUUUGUGUAUCUUCUUGUGAUUGUAAAGCUCCUGACAUUAAAACCACCCCUCUUGGCCAGA